AUGGGAGCUCCCGGCAUCUGUGCCAACUAUCUAUGUCGACACCCAGGAUACUCUGCAGCAGCUGAGCUGGCGCUGGUGCUGGUGCCAGGCACCGCCCUGCCCGCCGCCGCACGCACGGCAGCCAGCGGCGGCGCCAGCGCCCGCAGCAGUACCAGCUGCUGCGUCCUGCUGCUGGACCUGUUGCGGCUGCCGCAGGCAGCGGUCAAGCAGGCCCUGCAGGCGCUGUUUAGGUCCCGGGGCUGCCUCAAGCUGGGGUGGGGGCUGGUGCACGACCUGCGGGCCAUAGCGGCGGCACUGGGCGGCGAGGGCGGCAGCUGCAUCGCAGUGGUGGACCCUGCCUGCGACCUGGGCAGCAUGCACCGCUUCCUGCGCCACCGUGGCGCGCGCGGCGCUGUCGACCUAGGGCUGAGCGGGCUGGUAGAGGCGCAGCUGGGGCGGCCGCUGGACAAGCAGCUGCAGCCGCUGUCAGCGGAGCAGCGGCGGUACGCCGCCGCCGACGCCGCCUGCCUGCUGGCGCUGCUGGGCAGCUUUGUGGCGGCGGUGGGGCAGCCUGAGGAGUGGCCCAUGGGCGACGACAGCAGCAGCAGCGGCGGCGGCGGUUGCGGUGGCGCAGCAGCAGCAGCUCCGGCUCUGAGUUCAGAGGCGGCGGCAGCGGGCGAGGAGGUUGAGGAGCAGGAGGAAGAGGGGGAGGAGGAGGGGGAAGUCGCUGAGGCGGUGCCAGCGCAGCAGCAGCAACAGCAGGAGCAGCAGCAGCCUGUGGCGCCAGCCUUGCUGGGCGCCUGCUCCCUGCGCCAGCUGCACGCGGCGGCGGCGGCCUGGGGGGUGCGCCUCGAGAUCAGCGGCGCUCGUGCCGUGAAGAGCAGCAGCCGCCGCAGCGGCAAGGCGCGGCGGCAGCAGCGGCAGGCCGCCGCCGCUGCGCGCAAGCUGCCCCUGGGCUGCACCGGCUUCCCGCAGCAUGUUCCCUGGCUGGAUGCGCAGCGCGGGCUGACAGGCACCCCGCGCUUUGUGUGCGACGUGAUGGCAGAGGGGCUGGCCCGCCAGCUGCGCCUCUGCGGCUUUGACGCCGAGUCGCUGGCAGGCAUGGAGAAGCUGCCCCGCCACGCCAUCUACAGGGCGAUGGUGGAGCGUGCUGAGGGCGAGGGGCGGGUGGUGCUCACCCGGGACCGCACCUUCAUCUCCGCCGCAUACUGCGACCAGGCCUACCUGGUGACUGCCGACACCAAGCGGCGCCAGCUGGAGCAGGUGCUCGGCGCCUUUGGGCUCACACCACAGCGGGAGGAGCUGCUGACGCGCUGCGCUCGCUGCAACGGCGAGUUCCUGGCGGAGCCGCUCCCCGCGGCGCUGCUGCCCGAGGGCCACGGCGUGCCGCCGGGCAUCCAGGAGCAGGAGAGGGAGUUCUGGGUGUGCGCGCGGUGCAGCGGCGUGUACUGGCAGGGCGGGCAGUACGCUCGGGCGAUGGGCCAGAUGACCCACCUCAUCUCCCAGAUGGCGCUCCAGGAGGGGCCCCGUGCCGCGCCGGGCAUCUGA